GUUAAGAAAGACCAUGAUUUUCUGCAACGCCAAGUGGACACACUUGAAAAAGAAGCUUGUAUCAAUAGUGAAGAAACACAAAAGCGACUGAUCGAGGACAAAGAGCUCCAAUCUCACAUCGAGUGUCUUCACAGUCAACUUGAAGCAAAGUGUGAUGCCUUGAAGGAUAUUGAAAUGAAGUACAAGGCAGCAACAGAGGAAAAUGAAAGUCCGAUUGUGGCAUUGAGGUAUUCAUGUGUUUUAUUUUUCUUAUUAUGUUUGCUAUAGUAUCAAGUAGAUAUUGGGAUUUUCAUUUUGGUCAUCUCACUCAAUAGAACUAAUUCUUGAAGAGUUUUUGCAGAUGAAAAUUUACGAGUUGAAAUUUUAUACAUUUAUUAAGCCCGUUCUCCACUAGGCGAAUUUGUUCGCGCGAACAGUAAAAAAGUAGGAAAUGAUCCAACUUUUUCUCGGCGAAUUUUUUCGCUGACCAAUCACAUUGCCAAGAUUUGUUUUUCGCUUCGCGUCGCGCGAAAAUAUUCGCCUAGUGGAGAACGGGCUUUAGACCUGACAAGACUUUCAAAAUAAUCCGCCGGCGGCCGGAGCUCCGGCGAGUGUUACGAAGUUCACCGCCAGCUACUUUCUUCAAAACAUCAUUGAUUCUACAUGCACUUCUAUAAAUCUGUGUUUUCCUUGAAUCUUUAACGUUUUACAAUUUUCAAGACAAUGGCUAUAGACCAAACGUACAGUAUAUAUACUGUAGAAUUGAUUUUUGACAUUAACAACCAUCUAAAAACCAAAACCAGGCUAAGAACUCGUACAGUACAGGAUGAAGGAUUCGUCAAUAUCCUGACGUUUUAGUGAUGACGCAUAUCUCUUCAACAAGAACUUCAUCCAUUUUUCAUCAGAACUUCAUCUUAUAGCUGACUUGAAAUGUUGUCAAAACGUAUCCCAUAUUUGUAAAAUUAUUCUUUCACCCACCUACAAGGGAGUUUACGAUCUACGACGCGGCCGGCUCAACGACGCGGUCUAAAUUUCAGCUCAAGAAUGAGCGGUAAGCAAUUUGAUUACUGUAAAAAAUAUUUGACGCUUUUUCAAAUAACAUUACAAACUGCUACGUUCGGCUGAAGCGAUGCAAUGUUUGCUGUAAUUUCGAUUUUAAGUAACACCUCUUGGGUCGCAUUAAGCUUUCACGUUGACCGAAAGACGUAAUAAUGCUUGUUUAACGUUGUGUUGAGAAUGACAACGCGGUUGACAAUACUCUGGGACCACGAAUUAUUGACAGUUUUUGUCUUGCAUGACAAAUUUCUUUGUACUGUAGGUUUGCAUGGCAAUAAAACAUAUAAUACUAUUGUUUGUGGAAACACCAUUUUUUUUUGUUUUGAAAGCGCGUCGUCGAGCCGGCCGCGUCGUAGAUCGUAAACUCCCUACUUUCUCGUCACAGACGCGUACUUAAUUAAUUUUGAAAGCUCUGUUGCAGGCCUUAAAAUAUCGGUCGGUCACGGACAUUGUCCGAUCCAUUCGUCAAAUUGUCAGACGUAGAGAGGAAACCACCGGACAUGCUGUCCGACCUAAGUGAAACUGAGAUUUAUUGUUUGUCCGACCCGAGUGAAUUGGUGUCCGACCGAAAUGUUGUUUUGUCCGACUCUUUCUCCAUGCACGUAAAUCAAAAUGUACCCUAGUCCAGGACUAGAGGCUUGUAUGUUAUAAUGGAGAAUUAGAGUAUUGUACAAAAAUGAACGAACCGGAAGUGUUUUUAAUAAUGUCAACGAGCUCGAGGCGGCGAGCGAAAUGGUGAAGUGGAAAACGGGCUUAGUCGAAGUCGUACUGCUAUUAUUGGCAAGCUAGUUAAUCUUGGCUUGUAAGUAAGUAUGAAUGACACAAAUUAUUUAAUAUCUUCACAACAUUUAGCUCAGAAUUAAGACAUUGUGCUGAUAUUAAUUUGCGUCAUUCAGACUUAUUUCCGAGCCAAACUGAACUGAAGGUCAUCGGACAUCUCAUACAUAUGUCCGACCCAAACUGAAAGUCAUCGGACAUUUUGCCAGACGGCCCUGUAAAAGAUAUUUUAAGGCCUGCUGUUGACCUAACCAGGAGCAGUUACGAAAAAUGCAACUAUAGGCCCUCUGGCAGGAAUCGAACGUACGGCCCUGCGAUUCCGGUACAACUCUAACCAACUGAGCUGUAGAUAGAUUUAUAAAAUUACACUCGUAAUAAUCAUUCGCGUCGAUGUUGCUUUAUAUGCACUCCUGAAGGUGUUUGCUAUAUCAGUUAUUCACCUUGGGAAUAUGGGCGUACGGACGUACGAUUGUGCGCCGAAAAAAUUUUGGCAUACGCCAAGUAUAUCCAAGAGAACGUAUGAUAACGUUAUUUUCAGACAACGUCAACGAGCGUUCACCGAUCCGAGUUGGCGUCAUCUAUUUCUUAUCUCUGGCAAAAAUGACACCAGAAUUGAAAUUUUCAUUGUGAAAUUAGGCCACGUUUAUUACACUAUUACGCUACGACUAGCAUUCCGUUACAAAAUUGACUACGUUUCUUAGCAUUGUGUUUACACCAUAACGGAGUGGUUUGCCGUGGCGUACCAACUUCUAGCCUGUGUGUCAGGCUCUAUGCUUGAAAUAGAGCCUGCUAUUGAAGUCAAUAGGGAGCUUUAGAUUUUAGUACGAGUACGACUACGAGAUUCGUUUUUUUGGACAUGCUCGCCAUCUUCUUACGCCAUAACGUACGCACGCCAUUAUCUCGUAGUAGGUGCUUGUUUUACAUGUACUACGAGACUUUUAAAAAAUAUCGUUAUCAAAUUGGCCGCGGCUGCGAGAUUUAAAAGACGUCAUUUCAUAUAUGACAAUAACAGCCAAUUUUCCGCGUAACUGACUCGCUUAGGAUCGGGAAACCGCCAAUAUCUCGAAAAUGCAUGGGCCAAUUCUCUUUAACGGCCAGGAAUCGUGUUUAUGAGCAGUAAAAGCAGGAAUUAAGUGGCGAAAAGCACAAUUACAUGUACGAAAUAUCAUAUUACGAAAACAAUAACUUGAUAUUGCCUUAAAAGGCAAGGUUAUUUAUUUCUGACCAAUCAGAAUUUUGUGUUUCAUUCGUUUGCAUAAAUCCACUUUGUAUUGACUUCAGUAGCAGCCUCUAUUUCAAGCAUAGAGCUUGGCACGAGGCUAACCAACUACGGACUUGGCACUACGGAUGCAAUUCAAUACGCUCCGGAAAUUUUCCGUGGCGUUUUUUGUGUAAACGCGGCCUUAGUGUAUACUGGAAUUGGCUGCUUGCAGUAAGGCUCAUAUGCUACAUGUACAGGGUAUACAUGCUUUGAAUCGCGAAACAGUUUCAUUUCUUAUAUACACGAAAUAAGGACAACGUAAAACUAAGCUUAGGACAUCGUGCAGUGUACGUCAAAAUCGAUGAAGUGCACGCCAAUUGGUUUGUACAACGUACGAUCUCGUACAGCAUUAUUUAACCUCUUUCCAACGUUUCUUGGCUUCUAAUGAAAAACCAGAUUUAAUGAUCUACUGUACCUUUCGAUUAUAUUUUAUUCUCAUCAUUAAUAGGAGAAUGAUCCGGAGAUAGUGCUACUCCUUAACUACUACUUGAAUAAGUUUUGACUUUUCAAGGGCGCUUGAAAUUUACACUUUUAAAAAAACUCCUUGAAUACUCCUUGAAUUCUUAAAAUGUUUUGCUAUGUAUAGUUAGUUGCCAUAAGUAUUUCGUGGUGCAAAAGCCGGCAAAAGAAACAAAUCGUUAAUUGGUACAAAUUCGUCAAUAUUACACCAAGUAUUUCGUUUGGAAGCUAAACUGGUCAAUAAAACGUGGGCUCGAACUGGGUUCGAUAAGUAAUUUCUCAAGUAUUUGAGUUUUAUGUUUCGUUUUCCUUGAACGAAAACAUCUCAAACACUCGGUGAAAAGUGCUAUUUUACUACCUAAAUUUAACGUUUGAAUAAUUACUCCUUGAAUUUAACGUUCCGCGACCAGCACACGAACGCUGUGAUCCAGCUUUACCAGACAUCGAAAUUGAAUAGUUACGCCUUGCUUGUGUACAUUAUUAAAAUCAUAUAACUACAUUACACUGGUAUCGAAGGAACUAGAUUCUGUUCCGCAAUAUCACUUGUUGAUCAACCGUUGGCAGAGCAUUGGGCUAGUAUUCCAAAGGUCGUAGGUUCGAUUCCCACCGUGGCCGGGCAUUUUUUCAAGCUCGCCCGGUGUGGAUAUACACUCAGAGUAACAUGACAAACAUCAUAUUCACCUGGGUACACAACACCAACACAGAAAAAAAUCAUAUAACUAGAUUACACUGGUAUCGAAGGAACUAGAUUCUGUUCCGAAAUGUCACUUACUCGAACCGUCCUGACCGCGUAGCUCAGUUGGCAGAGCAUUGGGCUAGUAUUCCAAAGGUCGUAGGUUCGAUUCCCACCGUGUCAGGGCAUAUUUUUCAAGCUCGCCCGGUGUGGAUAUACACUCAAGCCUGGUUCACGUAUGCCUGCGCUAUGCCUGCGACUGUAUCAUUAUGCCUCUACUUGCCGCCGAAAUACCGGCAAAGUUGAACUCAAGUCAACUUUCCCGGCCUACCGCCGAUGUAACUGUGGCACUGCAGGCAAUCGGCGAACAAAUAUUCACAUAAUUUACGUUUUAAGCUACCACCGGCAUCGUCGCCGGUACGUCGCAGGCAUAUAUGUGAACCAGGCUUCAGAGUGACAUCACAAACAUCGUCAUAUUCACCAACACAGAAAAAAUUAUAUUCUUCUGUUAUUUGAACUGAAUGCCCCUAAUUUGUAAGGUUUAGAUUUGCCUACCACCACCGCUAUGCCUUACUCAUUUAGUAUUAAACGCAUCUGAUUGAUUAUUAAUGGUCUCUCUACGGUAGUGGCAGUGGAAUUCAUAUCUAAACCUCAUUAUUAGAGCUAGAGAUUCAGAUUUGACUUCCACUACCGCUGGCACUACCGGUAUAGUGUACUACACGCGUAAAAAUUAUGAGCCUGCUGUUUAACAGGAUUGAACAAUGUUGUGCGGCCCACAUUGUUCACACUUGUCAACAGUAUUGAACAAUAUUGUUGAGCCUGAAUCGGGUGAAACAAUAUUGUUCAAUAUUGUUGACAACUGUGAACAUUGUGGGCCGCACAACAUUGUUCAAUGCUAUUUUCAUCAAUUAUUGCAACAACCUGAUCGUUUUUAGCUGUGUAUUAACCAAUCAAAUGCGUUUGAUAUAUUCGAUUAACCAAUCAGAUACGUAUACUAAGCCAGUGAGAGGUAGUGGUGGUAGCGGUAGCGGAAGUCAAAUCUAAACCUUAUAAUUUCAAACAAGGCGGACAAAUCUGUCAAAAUCUUAAGAACCUGUAUUAAUGACUGAUACUGUCAUUUAUUUUAAGUGAGGAGAAUGAGAAACUUCGACAUGCUCUGCAAGAAGCAUCUCAACAAAAUAAGGAGUUGGAGACUCAAAGGAACGAAUUGCAACAGCAGAUUGAAGAGCUGAGAGAGAUGGCUAGACUUGUUGAUUCGGUUGCCACACAUGGCGAGGAAAAUUCAAACCAAG